CGUGGGAGUUCGAGGAGAUAGACGUAACCCUCCAUAUGUCUAGGUCCCUCCUCCACUGACGUGUGUGAGUCGGGAAUUCAUUCCAUCAACAUCCGUGGUGAUAUGCCUCUUCGGAGCUAAUUCAUGUCCGUGCCCCUUAUCCCUUCAGCAAUCCCAUGGCUAGUAUGAUAGGGCUUCAAAAGAUCCUCCUCCAGAAACUUGCUAAACGACCGUCCGUGAAGGUUCGCCAACCCCUUGUAAAGUCCGGCAAGCUAUGAAGAAAUUUACGAAAGGCAUCACGAAGAAACUUGCUAAACCCUUCAAGGGUUCCAACAACCACAUUCCUGCGGUCCAGAAUGUCGACCCUCAAAGUGCUUCAGAAAGUCAGAAGGUCGAGGGCACGCUGCAUCUCCAUUCUUCUAACGACAACAGUAAUCCUACCACAACUGAGAUUCCCAUCCACUCCGUGAAUCAAGGGUUGUCCGGAGAGCCUGUUUUGCAGGUUCAUACUACUCCUAGCGAUAAGGAAGGUUUUGAUCCCAAAUCAGUUGACGCUGAACUUCGGGGUGCCCGUGAUGGUAUGCAAAGCAUGGGAUUACUCGGGAAACACGCGACUUCUAUGGCAUCCGCCGCCAUCAAUGGCCCAGCGGAUCUCGAUACCAUGGAUGAUUUUGAGACGACGUAUCUCCAACCCUUAAAGAUUAUUGAUACUGUCCUUGGGAAGAUCGCGGAUCUACAUCCAUAUGCAAAAAUGGCGCUGGGUGUGCUGUCUAUUGCAUCCAAAAUCAUAAUCGCUCAAGCAGAGCGCGACAAAUCGAUACACAGUCUUCUCAAGAAAUUGGCUGAAGUUUACCGCUUCAUGACUCAAGAUGAUAACCUCGGCAAAAUUGAAUCGAUGCGCGGCAUCGUUGGAAAGGUCGCUAAGCAGACUAUGGAGUGUGCCCGUUUCAUCAGGGAAUAUUCGGAGAAGAAGAGUUUCUGGAAGAGAGUCGGUAAAAACUUCGUCGCGGAAACAGAUGC